UAAAUGAUAGUAGGGGACGUUCAUGGAAAGGGAACAGUUUAGUACCGCAUAUAGAACUUCCAUGUUCGCUCAAAUCGAUAAUACGUUGGAAACUGUUGAUAUCACACGAAUGUUUGUACUCAACGAACCUUCUCUUUGAUUAUUUUCAAUUGCAAUAAAAUAGAUUUCUUACUUAGAGGAAUUUGCCAUGCAGAGUGUUAUUAAUUCCGUAAAAGGCACUGCGCUUGGUGUUGCCGAAUACUUAACCCCUGUACUAAAGGUAUGAUUGAAAGUAAAUUUCGAGAAACUGGUGUUUUAACACCAGAGGAGUUUGUGGCAGCAGGAGAUCAUUUGGUACAUCAUUGUCCAACAUGGCAAUGGGCUACUGGUGAUGAAGAUAGGGUGAAAUCGUACCUUCCUAAGAACAAGCAAUUCUUAUUAACACGGAAUGUUCCUUGUUCUCGUAGAUGCAAACAGAUUGAAUACAGUAAAGAGCAAGAAUGCAUUAUAGAAGAAGAUGAUCCGGAGGGUGGUUGGGUAGAUACACACCAUUAUGAUACUACUCUUGGCGGUGUCGAAGAAAGAGUAUCAGAAAUGACAUUAGAAGAAACACAACUUUCUCAGUCAAUCAAUGCAGGUGAACAUAAUGACAACGACGACAACGAUGAUGAUGAUGAUGAAGAUGCUGCAGAUAUGGAAGCUUUUGAAGUCAGUGGAAUGUUGGAUGAACAAGAUAAGUUUGCAGCAGAAACUACAAAGAAAUCUGUGAAAGAAAAGUGGGAACCAUUUUCUGAAGGAGAAAUCAUUCACACACGCACAUAUGACUUAUAUAUCACAUAUGACAAAUACUAUCAAACACCUCGAUUAUGGCUUUCAGGAUACGAUGAGAAUCGUAAACCCCUCACAGUAGAAGAAAUGUAUGAAGAUGUAAGUCAAGACCAUGCCAAAAAAACUGUUACAAUGGAAAUUCAUCCUCAUAUACCUGGACCUCCAAUGGCUUCUGUUCAUCCCUGCAGACACGCAGAGGUAAUGAAGAAAAUUAUUGAAACAGUAAUGGAGGGUGGUCGUGAACUUGGUGUACACAUGUACUUGAUAAUAUUCCUAAAAUUUGUGCAAUCUGUAAUUCCUACAAUUGAGUAUGAUUAUACGCAAAAUUUUAUGCUAAUUGCAUCUAGUUAAGAGCUUUAUAAAUUUCUAUUGUACCUUGAAGAUGAUCGUGACUUUAGUUUUUAAGUAUAUAAUAAAUAACAAAACUAAGAGGACUGUGAAGCAUAUAAAAUAAUAAACACGCUUAAGUUUAUAAAAUUACAAUAUUUGUACCCUUGAAAAAACUGUUAAGAUAACUGUUAAGAUAAGAUCAAAUUUGGUUUAUCUUAUUUUUAUAAAACAUUCCAUAAAA